GCUGAUAAUCGCGGUAGCACGUGAGAAUCACUGACAAGACGACGUGAACGCGCUAAUCUUUUGAAUUUUUCGGGUCAUUUAUUUACAUUCGACUAAUAAUAAGUUUAUGAAAAACAUGUCCUCGGACGACGAACAAGAGUUUGGAUCGGACGGCAGCGAGUGCACGGACAGUGAUGGUUAUGGCGAUAAUGACGAGGAUAUGGUCAGCGACGAAGAUGCCAGUGAGUCGAUGGACGAUGAGUCUGUCGACGGUGCGUUAUCGGAUGAAAGUGAAAUAGAAGACGACAAAUCCGAUGAUGGCAGUAACGAUAUAGUGAUUGGAUCCAAUAGUCAAAAUGACAUAGAAAAAGGAAAAGCAGUUCGAGCCCAACUUGCGCUGUAUGAUAACUUACUACUUGCUCGUAUAAAACUUCAAAAAUGCUUAGCAGCAGCUAACCGUCUUCCAAAACCCGACAGCGAAGUUCCAAUAAACGGUUCAGAGGUUAAUGAUCAAGCAGUCAAGUCAUUGCAGCAGUUUUUAGAUACACUAUUCAACUUAAAAAAUAAACUACUAACCAACAAUAGUAAUUUUAUGAAAACCAUUGAUAAAGAUAAUGCGGACGUUUUGACCGACAAAAUCAAACAUAAAGAUAUUGAUCAUUAUUUACAAAAACAACAUGAUAUUUUCAAACCGUACAGAGACGACACAAUACAGUUCUGGAACGAACGUACAAAACUCGCUUCAGGGAAAGCGGCCAAGUCGGAUUUUUCUGCAUUUGAUCAACCUACGUUAUCUCAAAUUGAACAGAUAAUGGCCGAUAAAAAUAGAUUAAUCGAGAGAACUCGUACCAAACGUUCAAAAUACGAAAUUGUAGGCGACCCAGAAUCGUUGACCAAAGAUGUCGAUGCAGAAAUAUUCGACGACGACGACUUUUAUCAUAAAUUACUAAGAGAUUAUAUUGAAAAGAAAUCAGCCGAUAUCACAGAUCCUAGUCAACUUGGAAAGCAAUGGCUUCAGUUACAGAAAUUAAGAAGUAAAAUGAAGCGUAAAAUCGACACCCGCGCCACCAAGGGCAGAAAACUGAGAUAUACCGUACACACGAAGUUGAUGAAUUUUAUGGCACCCAACGACCAAUCUGGGUGGACGGACGAGGCGAAACAGGAUUUAUAUAAUUCCUUAUUUGGCAAAAAAAUAGCGCGAUAGAUUAAUUAAUAAUAAUAUACAAUAUAGAAAAAAUUAUUAAAAAUAUCCUUUGAUUUUUAUUUCACAAUUUCUUUUAAAAUAAAAUAAACAAAUUAUAAUGUUGUAAUUUGUACUCUGCAAUAAUUUCUUAAAAUAAGUAGUUUUUUUUUUUUAAUACAGUUCAAUAAAUAUUAUAUAAUCAUCAUAAUUAUAGUUAAUAAUGUAAGCGGGUUUAAUUAACAUACACUGAAACUACGUCCACUCCUCCGUAAGCUCUGCUUCUUUAGAGCGGGCGUUAAAAAAAUAAAAUACCUACAUAUAUAUAUUUGUAUAAAAAUGUUUUUUUUUUA